CCCAUAUACUAUAUUUUUAUGAUAAAAAAAAAAAAAUAGGUAGGAUCAUAAUAUUAUUAUUAUUAAAUACUUGAAAAAAUAAUAUAUCUCCCUCUCUCUCUCCCUCUCUCUGUGUCUUUCUAACGCUAAUAGUUUAUAACCAUUUAUCUACAUGUAUUAUAUGCAAUCUUAGUUUAAUCUUAGUUAUUUAAAAAAAAUAUUAGUAAUUUAGCUGUUUACUUUUAACUUUUAAGGUAAUCUUUUUUAUUUUUUUACAGGGAUUUUAAAAUCUCGGAAUCAAACAUUUCCUUUUUCAAAUUCAUAACAAGAUGGCUAUGAAAGUGAAACUAAAAAGUAUGGAUUUGAAUUAUAGGCUUACUUUUAUUAGCCUUGUUAAUUUUAUUUAUUACUAUUAGCUAGUACUAGUUUCCAGCCAAAGUUAUUACGUUUUAGUUUUCAUAUCACUGUAACUAUGUAUAGGCCUACCCAACCCCAGUAUAAUUAAUAUUAUUAAUAUUAUUACGACCGAAGUGGCAAUUCGGAAGUGAGAGAAAAUCAGAAAGGUUGGGUUUAUUAACAAAAAAAAGUAAAAUAUUAUUGUUGGGUUUGUAAGACAAAAUUUUGUAUAAAAUGAAAGAUAAUUGAAUUGACUAUGCCUUUGUAAACUUACUUCUUCAGUUUGACUAAAGUAAACUACCACAAAUGAGUCAAAUGACACCCCAAUCAUAGUCAUAGUCAUAGCAUUUUGAUUUAGUUUUAGUUUUUAUUAGUCUAAAUUAAUAAAGUAUUUAAAGUGUAGGGACAUUUCGGGCCUGGGUCCUUUUAGUUUUAGAAAAGUCUACCACUCCACCUUUUAACACACACACACACAAUUCUUAAUAAAAUCAUUUUUUUAAUUCUAAACUUCAUUAUUGAUUGCAUUUUAUUUAUUUUAUAGAUUGAUGACCAAUGUUCCCUCUAAGGUUUAUUGGUUCUUGUGCAAAAUCAUACAGUUGUAUGCAAAGUUUUACAGCAUCAAUUUUUUGGUGUACAAAAUUUUAUAACCCACAAACACAAACACACAUUUACAUGGAAAUCGGCUGCGCGGAUACUCAAAACUGCUGCGCGGCGUCUGUGAGUUAGCUACGCGGCAGCGCAGCCGUACAGCUUAAAGGGAACAUUGUUGAUAACUAGUUAUUACUGGAUCCUUCUUUUAUUUAAAUUUAAAUAAUUAAGACAUAUAAGUCAAGUCAAGUAGGCCUAAAUUUAUUUAUUUCUUAUAUACUACUAGGUAGUAUUAACAUUUCAUUAGUUUUAUGCCAUUCUCCUCUCAAAGAUAACCAACGUUAUUAUGUCAUGUAAAUUUGUAUCUGUUUUGUUAUCUUUGUUUGCAUUGUUUUUGUUUUUUUAAUUUUAAUUAAUGUUAAAAUGUUUAUGUAAUCCAAAUUUGAGGUAGAAUGUAUUAAGUGAAUUGAAAUAAUUCAAUAUGGCUUAUAUUUAUAUAACCUUUAAUUUUAAUAUUCUCUCUUCCCUCAAUCACUGUCUAUUGCUGCAAUUCAAAAAGGGUAAGUGCACUCAAACAUUUUUUUUUAUCAAGAAGGGUUGUUUUUUUUUAAAUUGUAAACAUUUAUUGGAAUUACUUUAUAUUUAUUUUUAAACUAAUGCAGAAGAAUGAACCUUUCAUAAUGAUCAAAAUGUUAAUUUAACAUCUUGAUUUUAAAUGUCUAAAAGACUUGUAUAAUGUAACUGAGAAAGUCUCUUAAUAAGUAAGUACAGUCGAACCUGUUUAUGUCGAUGGCCUCGGGGUUUGCCAAAAAGCGCAGAGAUAACCGAUGAACAAGAUAACCAAAAACCAAUACGGUGGCAAUAUAUUAACAUCUGCUUGAAAUUUCUUUAUGUACCCAUGAUGUGCAUUUUUAAAUUAGAAUGUACAUGGACAUGUUUUUGGAGGGUUUCUUUUACACAACAGCGUUACGGAAAUUUUUUUAUGAAGCAAUCGGCAUGCUAUAUGCUAUAAAAAUGAAAAUACAUGUUUUGUAACAACACAAGGCAUAUUUUGGGUGCCACAUUUCCGGAUUAUCCUGGAAUUCCAGAUUUCGUGAGGCUAAAUAUUUUUAAGCUCCGGAUGUGCUAGUUUUUAUUUUGUCUCCCUCCGGAUUUGCCAGUUCAGUUUAUUCAAAUACGGAUUCUGGGUUUUAAAAAGAAUUAAUGUGUAAGAACACGUGAAAGCCUAUUAGCGACAAGGGGGUUUGCUAUAAAUAGAACAGAUCCUUACGACCCUCUCUUUUGUUUGCAAGCCUCUCGCUUCUUGCUGUGUCAAGCUAAUUGUCAUUUCAUUGCAAUUACAACAGUUUGAACUAGGCACUUUUCUGUUGUAUAUAAUUGUCAAAAGUCAGCGAUUGGUCAUGGGGAUCAAGAUAACCCAAGUUAAGUGGCAAAUUUGGCAGCCUUUUGUGCUCGAGAUAUCAGGGUUCGGCGACAUAAAAGAAUCAACAUAACUGAGGAAAAAAUGCUUAGACAAAGAGAGAAUUUGGCGGUUCAACUUCCAAAAUAUCGACAUAAUAGGGUUGGCUAGUAAACUAAGGUCGAGAUAAGUGGGGUUGACUGUAGUGGUUUAGUAAUCUGAAUAUUGUCCUUUAAAAACUUUCAUCUUUAAUGUGCUAAAAGUAAAAGAAACUAAUAUGAUUAUUUACAGGCAUGCUCCACAUUUAUGUUAACUUUGUUUCCUUGAAAACUGAUGUAAAUUAUAGCAAUGACAUUAUUUAUUGUUUAAUUUUUAUGUAAAAAAGGGGAAAUGCAUUGUUGUGAUCUUGUUGUUAUUAUUUGACUUCUCUAUACAAAAGUAAAUGAAUUAGUUACAAGUAGUUUUGUGAAUAAUCAAAAUUUAGAUUUUAGCUAGCUAGAAAUUUGAUCAAAGCAGUAAAAGAUGUACGUUUGUUGGUAUCUUAAUGGAUGAGAAUGAGGGUUGCUUUUGGAUGAUAUGAAUAAUGUAUAAAUCCUGAAAGUAAACAGCUUGAGAGGAUAACUCUGAUAUAGCCAGGGUAUAGCUGCAUAGCCAAUUUGGCGGUAUGCAAAAAAAAAAGCAGAAGUGACCAAGUAAUUUAUUGAUCUAUUUGAAGAAAUAAAUAUAUAACAUUAAGUAAACAUUAUAAAUUUAGAGAAAGUAUUGAAAAAAGAACAGAAAUGUUUAGGACCAGGAAAUAAUCCCCCCCCCCCCCCGCCCCCUUUCUUCAUAUGUAAAGCUGGACUGGAGUGGCAGUCUGGAAGUGGAUAGCCAAUGAUGAUAAUUGUGGGAUAUGUAGAAUGGCUUUUGAUGGCUGCUGCCCAGAUUGUAAACUGCCAGGAGAUGAAUGUCCACUUGGUAAGUACAGUAACAUUAUUGUGGAUUUAGAAUUAAAGAAAUGAAGAGCCAGUAUAGCUAGUUAUAGUUAUAUGUUGAAUACUUUAAAACAUUUUUUAUAGUAAAAAAAUAUUGGGCUUUAUCUAUAUAUUUUUUCAAUUGUUCAAGUUGACUUUAUUACUGUGCUUGUCAAUCUGCUAACAAAAUAAAUAUUAAAUAUUUAGUUUUAUUUAUUUAUAAACAUAGUUUUUUUUGUUUUUAUAAGUUCAGAAAAAAUAGUGUUUUGUCACAUUGUGAUAUAUUGGAUGUAAGGGAGCUUUAAAAAUAUAAUCAUCCCCAUAAUUCAAAGCCAAAUAUUGUGGAUAUUUUAUUUAAAGAUUUUUAGGUAAAAAGUUUUUGAUUGUAAAAUUUCAAAAUUAAUACAUGAAAUGAAAGAUUUAAAAUAUUUAGCAAACAAAAACUUAAUUCUUAUUUGGCUUUGGGAUUGAUGACUUCAACAUUGAGGUAUUUUUAGUUAGACUUUCAGAUCCUGCUUUGGGAAGAGACAAAAACACAUCUAAUAGUGCUUUAAUAAUUGAUUAAUGAAAAAGGUUAUAUAUAAUUUCGUCAGCUUUACAAACACUAGUAAUGAGUAUGACCAGCAGUUCAUGUUCGAGUACAGUGGUUAAACUAGCAUAUAUUCUAGUGUAAGUUGUAAAAUUGAUUUUGUUUCGAGUAGGACAUUAUUAUUAUUAUUAUCAUUAGUGGUGGCUUUAUAUACCGCGAUACCCCAGCAUAGGGCUGGGCACACCACGCUGGACAUAGAAUUUAACAAACAUAAUCAUGAACUUAAAAAUUAACAUACAUUAAUUAAAUAAAACAAAAUAAAUGCAUAUUCACUCAACACAUUCAAGAACUAAUAACAUGUCAAGCCAUGGACGGCUACCCAGCAGCAUCGUCAGAGGGGGGAAUCAGUCAGGAUAGUAGACUUUAAAGAGAUAUGUUUUGAGUGCAGUUCUGAAGGAUGUGAUGGUCGGUACAUUGCGAAAGUGUAUGGGAAGAAAAUUCCAUUGUUUGGGGGCACAGAAAGAGAACGAUAGUAAAAAAGGAAAUACAAAUUAUUUUAUUUACUCACCAAUAUUGUUAAUUAAUUGUUAAUCCAAAGUUUUACUAUUAGGUGAUUAGUGGUGUAUGUUAGUGCUUGUGUGAAGCUUAGUAACUUGAAAAUGAUUCAUUGUAGGAAUUUUUAAGAGCAUCUUUAGUUUCAGCUCUUGGGCAGUUCAGCAAAUUGUAGAUUUAUAAGAAAAAUGUCAAGCAUCAGAAUAGGUUACAACAAACUAUGAAGGUUAAGUUCAAAGUAAGAUGGAAAAUCAUACACAGAUUUGAGACUGUCUAAGAACUUCUAAAAGUCUAAUAAUCACCACCACAUUGAAUGUAUCUUCUUUAGAAGGGCCAUAAUGGAUGGGUUGCUUUAAUUUAAAUGAAUGUAUUUUUGUUUCAGUUUGGGGACAGUGUUCACAUGUGUUCCACAUCCAUUGCAUAGUAAAAUGGCUUCAGUCACAGACUGUCAGCUCACCUUGUCCCAUGUGUCGCCAGGAAUGGAAGUGGAAAGCUGGAUAAAGUAAAACAUUCUAAGCAUUUCAUUCAAACUAUCUUGGUAAAAAUAAUUGUAUUUAAUGUUUUAAUGUACAGUUCAGUUUGUACAUUUGUUGAUAAGACUUAGUCCAUUCUACAAUAUGACACUAUAAUUUUUGGUAAAAAAUGCCAAAGUUAACUAUUUCUGUCACCAAGAAUAAUUUUAGUUAAUUUAGGGUAAUGAACUACUGUGCCCCAAGGGGAUUAAAAUUAAGUCGAUUUAGGGAAAUUAAAACUUUAAAUAUUUGAUAGAGGUAAUGUUUAAAUUAAAUUUUUAUUACAAGUAAUAGUUUCCCACCAAUUCAUAACACAGAUUUUUUAAAUUUAAAUAAUACUAUUGGAUGAGAUGGUUGAAAUUACUUGUAUUUAACUUAAUCCCAUCAUACAAUUAUCAAGUGUUAACUCUUUCUCAUGGGAUACAGAGAGUCAUGAAUGAACAGAGUGAAACUCAGUAGGUGCAACAAUGUGGGGGGGUGGGUGUUAGUGAGUUUUGCAUAUGUAGAAAUAGAAGGCCCCUAAAUGUACAUAUAUGUGCUUACUAUCUCCCUCACUGAUGAAGCAGACCUGAUGUUUAUGAUUUUGUUCUUAAUAGCAUUGCAAAUGAUGAUAUUUUUUUUUCCAUAUUAAUUUGUACUGGUGGGUAGCAUGGAGUAUGAGAAACAACCUAAGAUAGUUUUGAGAUAAAAACAAUAUUUUUGUUUAUAUUAUAUAGUGAGGUUAAAUAGUUUCUAAAUGUAAAUAUACUACAGUAGUUUGUGUUUAAAAAAAUCUCCACAGACCUUAGAUAUUAUUGUUCACUUUUGGUACUUGAUACUGGAAAAUAUGUUCCAACUUAAUUUUUAUCAUGUCUUAUUUAUGCCAGUACUUGGUUGCAGCAACGUAGUCAAUCAGAAUCAGAAUUUAAAUCACCAAAGAACAAAAAGUCUGCUAUUAUAAAAAUCAUUUUCAAAAAACUUUACAUACAAAAAUAAUGCAAAAAAGAAUGUCUUUUGAAUAAUUAGUUCUAUGGGGACAAGAUCAUGCUGCUUAAAUAAUUGGGAAUUUUGUACUGUAAUCUUAUUUAAUUUGGAAAAUAAUUUUUUUUUUUUAAAUGUUGAAAUUGUUUCUAUUUUUUGUUCAUUUUUUUCCCCCAGAAACCUCCACUCUUAAUUAAUAUCAUUAUCUAUCAUGUGUAAAACUAAUACAUUUCAAUGCAAUUAUAGACCUUAUAUCGUGGUUACAAUUAUAAUUAUUAAAUUAAUUAGUUUCUUACAUGAAUGAUAGGUUUUUAAAGUACUGUAUCUUAACCAACCCAAGAAGCAUCAUUUUUUGCAUAUUCAAAAAGAAAUUUUAGCUUACAUGAACUUUGCAAAUAUGUUCUUUUUAAGUUGUUGUUUUUUCUAAAUUAAAAGUUUCAGAAAUAAGACUGUGUUAUAAAUUUGUCUAAACUAAUUUAUAAUUAUAUACCAAGAUAAGAAUUUUAGCA